GCCAGGGCCAGCUUUGGUUUGGGACUUAAUGAAAACCAGAGACAGCCUAUCCUUUGACUUCACCACCACAUUCAUCUUUAUUUAUAAGACUCUUCAUCUAUAUAUAUGUACACAUCUAUAACUCUUCUCUUCCUUUCUAUUUCUUGUUUGAAGUGAGAGAUAUAAAGAGAGAUAAUGGGGAGAGCUCCAUGUUGUGAUAAGGCAAAUGUGAAGAAAGGGCCAUGGUCUCCAGAGGAGGAUAGCAAGCUCAAAGAGUUCAUUGAGAAGUAUGGCACUGGAGGAAACUGGAUUGCUCUUCCUCAUAAAGCUGGGUUGAAAAGGUGUGGGAAAAGUUGCAGGUUGAGAUGGCUGAAUUAUCUCAGGCCAAACAUAAAGCAUGGGGAGUUCUCUCCAGAUGAAGAUAGGAUCAUUUGCACUCUCUUUGCCAACAUUGGAAGCAGGUGGUCUAUUAUUGCUGCACAGUUACCUGGAAGGACAGAUAAUGAUAUCAAGAAUUACUGGAACACAAAACUGAAGAAAAAGCUCCUGGGAUUCACACCAUCAAAGAGAAAACAACUGCAGUUACAGCAGCAACACCAACAGCAACACCAACAGCAGCAAAUUUAUCAACCCUGCUUUGAGAUAAGCACAAGUACAAUCUCAUCAACUUAUGGUGGAAAAGAAGCAGCACAGCAAGUAUUGAGCUUGGAUCAUGCAGUACAAGAGCAGUACCAAAUGAAAAGCAGUACUGGGAGUAGUAUUCUCAUGUUUGGAGGUGAAACAAGUUGCAGUUCAUCAGAUGGAAGUUGCACUCAGAUCAGUUAUGAUUACAACAGUAUGGGUAAUAACAUUAAUGGAGGUGAACCAAUUGGGUUUGAACAACAGUGUUUUUAUGAUGAGAAAAUGAUGGUUGGAAUAGUUGGAGGAGGAGGAGGAGGGGGGCCAAUGGAUUAUGGUUAUGAGGAGAUUAGAGAACUGUUAUUGAAUGGUCAAAAUGGGUGCAAUGACAACAUGUGUUUUGCUACAGCAGCAGGAACAGAAGGAACAAAUAGAGGAACUGGGAACUACAAAAUUCAAGAGAAGGUUAUGUACUACCACUGACUCCUGUGUAAUUUCAUGAGAUUUUAUUUUUAUUUUUGUUAUUAUUAUCAACUUUCUGUUUGUGUGUGUGUUUCUGUGUUGUCUGAGGGAAACAUUGAUUGAUGGUACAUGGUUAAAAGCUUGUCUUGGUUUUUCAAUGUGCAGUAUUGUUGAUGUUUUCCAUUUGUAUGUUUGUCAUAGCUUGUGUUUUAAU